AAUACGGGGUCGUGAUCGGGCUGUCGGUCACCUUCAUAGUUACAAUCGCGACGUUUUGCCGGUUUUUUCCAAAAGUUAAGGCGAGGUUCGAUGAAUGCUUUUCAGCAUUCAUGGUGAGCUUCACUUUGAUAGUGGUGUCAUGGGAUCCAGAUGACAUCACACUCAAAGCGGAGUGCGCGCACCUCAUCGGCAUCUUGGCCGCGGGCAUCGCGGGCAUUUUGAUCUGCAUCUUCGUCUUCCCCGUUUGGGCAGGCGAAGACCUCCAUGUAGACACCGCCGACAACAUUGACCGACUUGCCCGCUAUUUAGAAGCUUUCGGCGAUGCGUAUUUCCAAGAAUCACACGACGAUGGUAUAGAGGCACUUAAAGAUUACAAGAGUGUACUCGAAUACAAAGGCAAGGAGGACUCACUGGUCAAUUUCGCGCGGUGGGAGUUGAGGCACAAGAAGUUCCGGUGCUGUCACCCAUGGGACCAGUACCUCGUGAUCGGGUCGGCUACCCGGGAAUGCGCCUACAAGAUUGAAGUGCUCAACAACUACCUCGUCUCAGACGUGCAGACGCCACUGGAGCUCCGGAUGAAGAUCCGAGAUUUAUGCACAGAGAUCAGCUUCGAGUGUGGCUUAGCCCUAAAGGAGGUCGCGGCCGGGCUUCGGACGAUGAAGUCGUCCUUGUACAGCGAGAUGCACAUCGCGGACGCGAAGGCUGCAACCGAGACGCUCAAGGGCAUACUGAAGACCGGGUUUUGGCACCACGAUGAGUUCCUGGACGCACUCCCAGCUGUGGCGGUGGCGUCGCUGCUGAUCGACACUGUGACGUGCGCGGCGAAGAUCAUAGACUCGGUGGAGGUGCUGUCGACAGAGGCCAAGCUCGAGAAGCCCGACCCGGCGUUGACUGCGGCGGUUGAACUAUAGACUGUUGCAAUGUACUCAAUUUUUUAGUGCAUAGGGCCUGUAUUUGACUUGGUUUGUUGAUUUAGUAUUUUUAAAAACAAAUUCAAA